UCAAAAUAGAGGCUUCUGCAAACGAAUUUUGUGCCCAAACGAAUUUUUGCAUCUUUUCUGCUUAGGUAAAGACUGGUGCUGAUGAUAUACAUCAUUUAGGAUUUUAUUGAUUUUAUUAGAAUAAUUAUUAAAAUUUUAUGAAUUUUUGUGUUUAGUUAGCAGUUUCUAAUUUUUAACUGCUUCACACAAGAAAAAAGCAUUUAAAAUGUCUGGUACAUUAAGCGCUUAUUUAAGUGCCAUUCAAAGGUGUUGGAUAGCAAAAGAUGGUUACUUAGUUGCAGCAUUUAUUUCACUUAGUGAUAAACAUAUUUGCAAUAAAAAUUUAUACCUGGAAUAUCCCGAAAAUACAGUAGAUCGCUAUCUAAAACAACCCUUGAACGAAAUAGUUAGUUCUCAUUUAAAAGUGUUGUUUCAUUUAUGCAAUGACGCGAGGGAUUAUUCUGAGGCAUAUAAAACCCAAAGCCAUUGCGUUCAAAGUGUGGUAAAAAUGUUACAAUACCUAAAAGAAGAGAAUUGGUGUUUGCCAAUUAUGUAUAGAGUCUGCUUGGAUUUAAGAAUAUUAGCUCAAAAGUGUGAAGAAGAAGGAUUUCAUUCAAAACCGGGUGAAAUUCUUGAAAAGGCAGCCGAUUGCUUAAUGGCAUGCUUUAGGGUUUGUGCUUCAGAUAGCAGGUCAUCAGAGGAAGAUACAAAACGUUUGGGGAUGCUGAAUUUAGUAAAUCAACUUUUCAAAGUAUAUUUUCGAAUAAACAAAUUGCAUUUGUGUAAACCAUUAAUUCGUGCAAUAGACAGUUCGAUUUUUAAAGACGCAUUUCCUUUGCCAGAACAAAUUACGUACAAAUAUUUCGUUGGUCGUAAGGCAAUGUUUGAUUCGGAUUAUGCUUGUGCUGAUCAAUUUUUAAGUUUUGCGUUCGAAAACUGUCCAAACCAAUUCCCUCGCAAUAAACGACUAAUUUUAAUUUACUUAGUACCAGUUAAAAUGCUAUUAGGUUUUAUGCCUAAAAAGGAAAUUCUCAAAAAGUACGAUGUUCUUCAGUUUUAUGAAUUGGUGUCAGCACUUAAAUUGGGAAACGUUAGAAAAUUUGAUGAGGUUAUUCAAACACACGAAAUAUUUUUUAUUAAAUCUGGAAUAUACCUUCUUAUAGAAAAGUUGAAAUUUAUAGUGUACAGAAACCUUUUUAAAAAAGUCUACUUAAUUAAAAACACUCAAAAACUUGAUAUGCAAGAUUUUCAAGCAGCUUUGCAAUUUGUGGGUGAAGCAGAUAUGUCAAUUGAGGAAACUCAUUGUAUCGUAGCCAAUUUAAUUUAUGAAGGAAAAAUAAAAGGGUACAUAUCAUAUCAACAUAAUAAAUUAGUUGUAUCAAAGCAAAAUCCUUUUCCACCUCUAAAUGGAUCCACAUAGAUUUCAAUAGAAAAAAAUAGUUCUAAAAAUGUUCAAUUUUAAUAAAUUGUUAAUGUUACUAAAUUAUUA